AGGACCCGGCGCGCACGCCCGGCCGCCGGCCGCCAUGGACCCGUUCCUGGUGCUGCUGCACUCGGUGUCGGCCGGCCUGGCGAGCGACGAGCUGACGCAGCUCAAGUUCCUGUGCCGGGACCGCGUGGGCAAGCGGAAGCUGGAGCGCGUGCAGAGCGGCCUGGACCUCUUCAGCGUGCUGAUGGAGCAGAGCGAGCUGGACCGCGCGCACACCGCCCUGCUGCGCUUCCUGCUCGAGUCCCUGCGGCGCCAGGACCUCCUGCAGCGCCUCGACGCCUUCGAGGACGGCGUGGCCUCUGAGGCCGACGCCGACCCGGAGCAGCGAGAGCUACUCGCUGCCUUUGACAUCGUCUGCAACCACGUGGGCAGGAACUGGCGGCAGCUGGCACGGUGCCUCUACCUGAACCACGUCCACAUUGAAGCCAUCGAGGAGCGGUUUCCCCGAAACCUGCUCGAGCAGGUGCGGGAGAUGCUGAGGGUCUGGAAGGACACCCGGAAAGGGGACGCCACCGUGUUGAAGCUGGUGGCAGCGCUCCGGACCUGCGAGAUGAACCUGGUGGCCGACCUCGUGGAGGCAGGUGCAGAACCCACUAAAGCAAGAGCUGCAAGUCCUCGUGCCCCAGAACCUCAAGAUCCCUCCCUGCCUUCCCACUGCAGAGCCCCUCAUUGA